AUGCUUCAAGACAACGAAAAGGACCUGUCGAAUCACCUGUCCCCUGCUACGGGUCCAGGCAGCGGCAGCAACUCCAAACGUGUUCGAAGGACGAAAGCUUGCAAACAGUGUCAUGCCCUCAAGGUGCGAUGCACCCCGUUGGAUGAAAGCGACCCGUAUCUGCCGUGUGUUCGUUGUUCGAACGCUGGCAAGGUGUGUGAAAUAGACGUUGAUCAACCACGGAAGAGAAGGCGUCGUGCCGGGGGUAAUGAGCUGGUGGCGGAUCUCCAGGACCAGAUCGCUGAGUUGAAAGAGCAGCUCAAACAACUGAAUGCCCAGCUCCAGCAGGCCCAGAAAGGAGCUAAGGAUAAUGGAGUAUCUACUCCCAGUGCUUCUAAUAACGUUAAUGGGACUCCACGUAUCCCUGGUAUCACCGAGACUCCCUCGGAAGGAGAUCUGCCUUUUUUCGUGUCGAAAGCCGACUUGGAAAGAGAGAUGUCUUUGCUUACUGAAAGCGGCAGCAACUUGAGCCAAAUCACUUCUGUGAUUAAGGAGCGUAGCGCAUACCGUCGUGCCCAUAUUCAGACAAACAGGGUCAAGGACGUUGUUUCUGCGGGCAUCAUCUCCAAAGAAGAAGCUACUAAAAGAGUUGAAAAGUAUAAGAACGAAGUGUUCCGCCGCCAUCCGCUAAUAGAAAUCCCUGACCUGUUGUCUAUAGAUCAGCUUAUCGAGGAGAUGCCCUUUCUUUUCAAUACUGUUGUCUCCAUCGCAUCGCUCGUCUUGGACAAGGACGCUGACACCAACAUUUGCCUGCAAGUGGAAAUCUUUGCUAUCGAGGCUGUCUGUAAUGAAAUCAUGGUUUGGGGUUCUAAAAGCGUGGAACUUGUUAAGAGUUUGAUUCUCCUUUCCUUGUGGUACAACUCUCCAGAAUUCUUCAAGCAGCGUCGUUACCACAUUCUUAACACUGUCGCUGUCAGUCUUUUACAUGAUUUGGGCAUUGUCAGCCGGCCUUCCUACACUUAUCUGAAUGAAAACAAAACCAUAGUCAAACUGAAAGAGGAGAAAACUUCCGUUGAAUACCGUGCUUUGAUCAUGAUCUUAUACAUCAGCACUGUCAGCAUAUGUUUGAUCCUACGAAGAAAUAUCUAUGUUAAAUGGACUCCUUAUGUCAAUGAAUGUUGCUUGCUCCUUGAAAAAGAAUCUUCCGAUCGCUACAGAAACUUGGCAGUAUUCCUGAGACUCAAUCAUGAGCUUGAAAGGAUACACCACAUAGUCCAUUCUCCCGAAAUGGUGGAGAAUAAAAGCAGGGUCUCAAAAUACGUCAUAAAAGAAUUUCAAAGUAUCCUCACUACGCUCAAAAGCAGGAUCAAACCCGAAAACCACCUCACCAAAGCUUACUACCAUUCAAUCGAGGCAUACCUUCAUCAGCCUGACUUCAAUGACGUGCAACUCAAUAGUAAAGAUGGGACGGGCUGUGCUCAAAAGCUAGAUUCAUCUACUCUAAAAGCACUCUCACAAUGUACCGUGUCGUGUCUUUGUGCAUUGGAUGAGGUUGCCCAGCUUCAGCCUUCAGAUAUAGCUGCUUUGCCCUUGGUUUUUUCCUCGAGAAUUGUUUACACGGCAGGUAUGCUAAUUAGGAUGAGAUACUUAAUUUUGUCGUUACCUUCUCAUAUCGAAAAGGACUUGGUGCCUCGGUAUGCGAUUCUGUCUAUUGAGAGAUUGAGGAAUCUCAUCUAUGAGACAUCUAGAUCUUAUCCAGCGAACAAUUUCCUCCUCAAGAUGCGUUUGAUCUUGCAACUAUUUAUACAAACCUAUGUCACUCAAGUUCUGGACUUAUUGAAGAGUCAUAAUGAGACACCCAAUCAGUUUAGACCGGUGUCAAAAGAUAUCAGCAAAAACGAGCGGAGGCAGAUGGCGCUUUUGGCCACUGACAUGUACAACAUAGGAGGAGGUAUAAUGACUAACGAGUCCGGACGAUACAAUGCUCCUGCUAUGCACUUGGACCUCUUAUCCUAUGCCGCUUCGUUUAGACGUCAAAGUGAAGAUGCUGGAAAAGGCGACGAAGUGAAACAAGAAAACGGUCAGAAGAAUGGCGAGCGUGCUGCAAAUGCUCCUAAGGGUGAGGGUCAUCAGAAUGCUCAACCUCAGUCUAAUCCACAGACUUAUGGAGCUGGUCCCAUGGCUAAUGAUCAAAACUUGAUGCCCGGAGCAGGUCCACAAUACAUGCGUGGAAUGAAUAAUCCGGUACCCAUGCCCAAUUACCCACAGUCAGGACCAUAUCAGUUUCAAGAACAAAGCAGCCAAGUACCCUCAGUGUUUGACAAUGGUACUAUGAUGCAGCCAAACCCAUCUAUUAGCAGUCAAGGAGACUCAAUGCCUUUUCCAGGAAUGAACGAGGGACAAGAUUUGGGUAAAGUCUUGGGUAAAGAUCCGUUUUACAGCAUCAAUGAAGAGUUCUGGCUGAACUUGUUGAGCACAGAUUCGAACAGAAUCCAUUUCGCUCAAGACAUGCCUGGAACAAACGACGAAAUCUUCUUUAUGAACUAA